GCUUCAAUCAUUGAAGGACUGAAUUUUCGAAAAAAAAUUAACAGUCCAAGCAAGGUGAUUUAAUCCGGACCGUUGAAAUUUGAAAAUGUGACGCGUCGCGCAUCUGUUAAAGGAAAGAAAAUAAGAAAAGCAAAAAGUCGUGUAACAAAAGAACAAAACCGAAAAAAUGGUGUCAACGCGAGAGUGAUCCUCAUCAUCAUCAUUUCGUAUUGUAUUCUUUCUUCGCCUCUUCACUUCGAUUCCUCUACGUGGCUUUAUAAAUCAAAUCUACAUCUACAUAUAUACCCUUCUUUCCACUUCCACAACUCAACCAUGGCAGGCAGAGAAAUCCUCCAUAAGAUGAAGGAAAAAGUUAUGGGACCAUCUGAUCCAGACUCAGGGAAAGGAAAGAGCAAUAUGUCAAAGCAUGUAACUCAUGGCUUUCACUUGGUAAAGGGAAGAUCAAAUCAUGCCAUGGAAGACUACGUGGUUGCUGAAUUCAAGCAUGUUGAUGACAAUGAGUUGGGUUUAUUUGCAAUAUUUGAUGGUCACGCAGGUCAUAGUGUACCUGAUUACUUGCGGUCUCAUUUGUUUGAUAGUAUCUUAAAAGAGCCUGAUUUCUGGACUGAACCCGCGGAGAGUGUGAAGAGAGCUUAUAGUGAAACUGAUUCUACUAUUUUAGAGAAAUCAGGUGAUUUGGGUAGAGGAGGUUCAACUGCAGUUACAGCAAUACUCAUUAAUUGUCAAAAGUUAGUAGUGGCCAAUAUUGGAGAUUCCCGUGCUGUCUUAUCUGAGAAUGGCGUUGCAAUACCACUGUCAGUGGAUCAUGAACCAACAACAGAAAGCGAUGAUAUAAAAAACAGAGGUGGUUUUGUAUCUAAUUUCCCAGGGGAUGUUCCACGGGUUGAUGGGCAAUUAGCAGUGUCAAGGGCAUUUGGCGACAAAAGCCUAAAGAUACACAUGACCUCAGAACCACAUGUGACAGUGAAGGUGAUAGAUGAUGGUGGAGAGUUUGUUAUAUUAGCCAGUGAUGGGUUAUGGAAGGUUGUGUCAAAUCAAGAAGCAGUUGAUACUAUCAGAGAUAUUAAGGAUGCUCGGGCAGCAGCAAAGCGUCUUACCGAAGAAGCGCUCAACAGGAAAAGCUCAGAUGAUAUCUCUUGCAUUGUUGUGAGGUUUCACUGAUUGCAAAAUUCACAUUGUAGAUUCUGAUCUACAAACUUUAGUGUGUAUAUACUAUAUAGAUAAACGUUGAUAUCCAUUGAGGUGGUUAUUCUGCUCAAACUUUAGUGAUCUCUUUUAUUACCUGCUUUCAUCCAAACCAACUUGGAUAGUGUGUUAUUAGAUGUAACAAUGUAAGAAAGGUUUAGUGUUGGAAUAUUAAUGGCCAACUAAUUUCUAUGAAUGCAAGGAUAUUUGAUAAAAAAAAAAAUACAUUAGCCAAUUACUGUCUAGCUGUUUAAAUUUUAGAUACCUACUAAAGCACUUCAGCAAUGAAUGAAGCUGGGAAUAACCCUUGCCAUUUUAUAA